AUGAACCAGUCCCCAAAUGAAUAUCGAAUGACGGUUCACUUGUUCGGCGCUACCUCUUCCCCAUCUUGUGCAAAUUUUGCACUGAAGUGUGCUGCUGAUGCAUACGAAGAUAGUUGUGGGACGGCGGCAGCCGACUUCAUACGGAAGGACUUCUACGUCGAUGAUGGACUAAAGUCAGUCCCAACUUCCGAUGAAGCCCUGAAGUUGAUAGAAGACAGCAGACGGCUGUGUCAGAAGAGUGGAUUUCACCUUUAUAAGUUCAUCUCCAAUGACAAGGUGGUUGUGAAUUCCAUACCUCUCAGUGAACGAGCCAAGGAUGUUCAGAACGUUGACGUGUUCUCAGAAGGCCUUCCCAUCGAGCGUACUCUAGGUGUACAGUGGUGUGUUGAAUCCGAUGCUUUCCAGUUCAGAGUCCACUUCAACGACAAACCACCCACUCGUCGCGGCAUCAUGUCGAGCGUCAGCUCCAUAUUUGAUCCACUUGGUCUGGUAGCACCAGUCUUGCUUGUUGGAAAACGCAUUCUCCAAACCUUGUGUCGUGAUGGGUAUGCAUGGGACGACCCAAUCUCAGAGGAAAUCAGAUCAGAGUGGGAGAAAUGGAGGAACGACAUCCUGCAUUUGGCAUCACUGAAUAUCCCACGAUGCUACAAGCCUGAGAAGUUUGAUGUCAUCAAGUCAGCAGAACUGCAUCACUUCUCCGAUGCCAGUACCGAAGGCAGUGGUCAGUGUAGCUACUUGCGACUGAUAGACGACAAAGGAAGUGUAUGUACAACUCUGGUCAUGGGAAAGUCCAGAGUAACUCCUUCGAAGCCAGUUACCAUCCCUCGACUGGAACUUACAGCAGCCGUCAUCUCGGUGAAAGUCAGUACUUUCCUCAUGAAGGAACUAGAGUAUAGCGAUGUGACUCAGUUCUACUACACUGAUAGCAGAGUCGUACUCGGGUAUAUUGCCAAUGACAGCAAGAGGUUCCACAUAUUCGUCGCCAACCGCGUGCAGAAGAUCAGAGAUCACACCACACCUGAAGAUUGGCGACAUGUUGACACUAAAACUAACCCAGCAGAUGCAGCUUCCCGAGGUCUUUCUGCCGAGUCGCUCAUCAAGAGCAAACUCUGGUGGAGUGGUCCAGGUUUCCUGCAAGAAAGAGAAACCCCUCCACCUGACACUGAGUACGUGGAGCCAAGUUCAAACGACCCAGAUUUGAAGAAGGCAUCUGCAUUCAAUGUCCACACUGAGGCCUCCAACUACCCGAGCAUGCUUGAAAGAUUCCAGUCCUACUCAAACUGGUUUCGCCUGAAACGUGCAGUAGCAUUGUGCCAACGCUACAUGAAGAAGCUUAGAGAUCACUGCUUCAAAACAGCUACUACUGCACCUGAUGCCAACACCCCCCUCACUGUAGACGAACUCCAGCAUGCAGAACGACUGAUACUGAGGCUAACUCAAGAGGAAGCAUUUCCAAAGGAAAUUCGAGCCCUCAGCAAACCCGAUGGUCUUCCUAAUGGCGAGCAGCAAGGCCCAGGAAACCCCCUGAACAAGAGCAGUCCUCUGUAUAUGCUUGACCCAGUCAUAGAUGAAACGAAGCUGUUGAGAGUCGGUGGACGCAUCAAGCAAGCCAAAGCACCUAAAGAGAUCAAGCAUCCCAUCUUGCUUCCACGUCAUGGCCACGUGACUGACCUGGUGAUUGAACACUACCAUGUUCAGAGUUGUCACUCAGGCCGUGGCAUGACACUGAAUAGCAUUCGCCAAGCUGGCUUUUGGAUUCUGGGGGCAAGAUCAGCUGUUACCAGCCAUAUUUGGAAGUGCGUGACCUGCCGCAAACUCAGACGUGCUCCCUGUGGGCAGAAGAUGGCAGAACUACCCAAGGACAGAUUGGAUCCAUCCGCACCCUUCACCUAUAGCGCUGUAGACUACUUUUGGUCCCUUCAUGAUUAA